AGUCAACUCACCGAUUCAAAGCGGCGGCAUCAACUCCAUUGGCGAUACAUCUGAGUUAAUCUAUUCAAAAUCCACACAGCCCCAGAUGGUUGUUCUACUCUCAGUUUCAGCUUUCGCGAUCUCUGAACUUCUCUUCAGGUGAGUCAAUUUCCACCCAUUUCUUUCACUUUGCUGGAAAGUUAACGAAAUUAUGUACAACCCUUAUGCUAGCUCAACUUUAUACUCCAUCCGGAGUAAAGGGUAUCUUCCUAAUUACUUAAACGAGCGACCUAUCUUCUUAAAUGAAAGAUGUAAUGGAAACCCAUUGCAUCUUUCAUCAUCAUCAUCAUGUUGUUCUUGUUGUGUUUGCUAUGCAUUUCCAACACACAGAUUGCCUGUAGGCCCUAGCCUUUUAUAUGGGUCGAGGCAAUCCACCCUGCUUAAAUGGUCGAUUUCUAGGAGGUUGAUGUUGUGUGGCCGAAAUCGGUUCUGUUAUACGCUUCCGGAAUAUGGGCAUGUUCUGGAUUGUUGUGAGGUUCCUUUCUCUGUUGUUGAUUGUAAGGCUUGUCAUUGUAGUGAGGGAAGGAAAUAUAGACAAUGUUGUUUGAAUUCUGAGGGUGAUUUUGAAUGCGACGAAUCGGAUGGAUUCGAUGAAGAGGACAUUGCUGAGGCAAUGAUCAGUUUGAUAAGGGAGGGUUUUGGUAGUCAGGGGAAAAGUAGGUCGUCUAAGAGGGUGGAAGUGGGGAACCGAGGAAAGUCCGGAGCUAAGGAGAGUAGUUUAAGUUCGUCGAGAAUAGUAGAACUCGAGAACAGGGCGAGGAGAGGUGUUGAGGAUAAAAGGUUAAGUUCAUUUGAAAAGAUAAGAGUAGAUAGAAAAAGAGAGAGUGGCGAUCAUCACAAGAAAGAAGAGAGGAAAAGCAAACAGAAUAGUAAAGUCGGAUCGAUCGCGGUUGAGUUGAGGAAAAAUGGAUAUAAACUGAAUGGAGAUCGGUUAGUUCAUUCAAGAGGGGAUAAUCAGAGUUUGAGAAAAGAAGGGUCUACAUGUUCAUCUUAUUAUUCGCUUUCCUCCUCUGGGGAUAUUGAGGAUGAUGCUGAAGUGGAAGACAAGAACGUGCAAUUCGUUGAGGAAUUUUCCGGUGGGUACAGGUACGACUCCGUGAGUGAUGUAGGAGAGAAAUUAGAUGGGCGGAUCAAGGAAGAAUACAAGAGUCAAGGAGAUGAUGAGAAGGGGCGAGAAGAGGAAUCCGUGCAAGGUGAUAUUACAGAACGGAAUCAUUCUAAUUGGCAUUUGAGGAAGAACUCUGAGACGAAACCUAGUCAAGGAUCAACACGAGUAACAUCCUCUAUAAGUGAAACCUCUGAGACGAACUCGAGAUUGUCGAGGACUAGGGAAAGUGGUCAUGUAAGUGCUUCAAGUUCCAAGAAGAAGUUUGUUGACAAGGAAGAGGAGUUGAAAACGGCGGCGAUUUUGAACGAGCCAUCGAAACAAAAUGUAUCACGUAAUAAAGUGGGUGGUGUUUAUAUAAAUGAAGGGAAAAAACUUGCUGAAGUAUCAGAAAUACGGCACGGUAAAGCUGAAGAAAUUUCUCGAUCUCAGAAACGACUUACUAUUAAGAAUGAAAAGCUAGAAUUAGAUGCAAAUGUCAUCAAGAAAGCAAGCAAUAGUAGUCAUGAAUCUGUUCGUCCUGUCCUUCAAGAAGAAAGUUCGAGACGAACUUCGUCGGAAAAUAGGAAAACCGAGAGAGAAAGGACCUCUCAUCAGAUAAGUCAGUCGAAUGCAGUGAUUAACGCAAGUGAAAGUACCGACGUACACGUAACUUCUAAUCAAGAGGUUGAAGAAAGACAUCAUCAAAUAGGAAAUCAUGCCAUUGGGGAAAUGGGUUCAACACAAAAAUUUCUUCAUCUUGGUGUUAUAUCAGUAGCCAAAGAUGGUAAUACCAACACGACCAACACCUCUGUUUCAAGUUCCGAAGUUAGAACACGAAACGAGGAACAAAAUGCAGCAUCAAACCUCGUGGCUAAAGACAAAAAGUCUUUGAUGGUACAUAAAGCUUCUCCGAGCGUUAUCUCCAGAAAAGGUUCCCAAGAUGCCACGAACGUUUCACUGCUUCACGGGACUGAUAAAAUAUCUUCUACGUAUUCUGAAAAAACAUUUGAAAAUAGAAUCUUCGAGCAAGAAACUAAUAGAUCAUCAGUGGAAAAAACUGUCAAGGAAACCGUAAUAAGAACUGGUCGAAAUAAUCAUCGUGUGGUGCAAUCUGAAUCAGGAAACGAGGUUAGAGAUCAUGCAACAAAGUUAAAAGUUCAUGGAUCGUUUAGUUCAAGUUCCGAAAGUAGUUACCAACGGAUUGACGUGAAUGAGCAAGAAAGUAAAGGCUCGCAGGCUAUGUUAAUGCCUCCGCCAUCUCAGCUUGUAGCUAGAAAUCCGCCACGAACAGAUUCUACUAGUGAAAUGGCAAGCCAAAUAGUUUCGAGAAGAGCGUCAGGAAGUUCGGGUGCUUCCUACGUGCAGUCAGGGGGAAGUCCAGUUUUGCACAGCAAGUCCUACAGAGAAAGCGGGGUAGACGAGAGUACUGGGGAGCCAACCUACCUUGUCAAUCCUGGUGAUACUCUAGGUUCAGCUGACCAUUUAGAGAGGUCGUCUGCACCGUUCGUUGGGGAGUCCAUUGAGAAGUCCAGGAAUGAACCGUUGAUUUCCGAAAUCCAGAAGGAAGACAAUGUCUCUGAAGUAGAUUUACUGCAUGAAGAGAAGCAUGGACAAAAGAAUUUUGUAGAUUAUCAAACGAAGGACCAUGACUCGAAGCUCUCAUCACGGAGUUCGGGAAGCAAGGGUCCUUCUGAUGAAAUGUGGCAUGUAAUGGACUCGACUACUGAGCAGCAGCCUCCGAAAACUGAAGAUCCUGAGACUAGUGCACAUAGUGAGAAUGCAAUUGUCAAGAGAAGUGGCAGAUCGUUGUGGAAUGUCAUUUCAGAUAUAGUUCGUCUCCGUUGGGCUUCACGUGCCGAAACCUCUGAUUCAGCUGUAAGAUCAGGUGGAAGAAAUUCACCAAACGAGUCUGUUAGUAACGAGACAUGGUUCUCUGGCCGUGAACAUGAAGAAACUGAUAAUACAAGAAUCGGAAGAACCGCAGUUUCUCAAUUCACUUCGUCGGAUCGGUUAGAAGAACCGAAAAAUACAUAUCACGAAGUAGAUACCCCUCCUUCCCCAAAUGUAAUGGGGAUCGAGCCAUCAAGUGAAACUUUGUUAAUUUCUGGAGAGGCGAUCGUAACAGAUGGUAGGAAGGUUGACGUUAUUUCUUCUGGUUCGGAUAUCGAACGGUCAUCAUUACAACUGUCUCCCCGAGGUUCUCUCGUUAUCGAUGAAAUUUCUCAUAGUGGUAAAACGGAUGCCUCUGCAAGCAGCUCGGCUGAGCGGAUGGGGCGUUCUUCUGAUGCAACGUUACUAGAGAUAUCAACAACUGGAACCAAGGAUGGGGAAGUGAAACAAAGGAAGCUUCAAAGAAACAAGCAAGUUCUUAAAGAUCGAUUUGACGAAUGGGAAGAAGCAUACAUACUCGAGACUGAGCAGCGAAAAAUGGACGAAAUGUUCAUGAGGGAAGCGCUUGCUGAAGCCAGGAAGGCGGCUGAUACCUGGGAGGUGCCUGUGGGAGCAGUAUUGGUGAAACAUGGAAAAAUUAUCGCUCGUGGCUGCAACCUGGUCGAGGAGCUGCGAGAUUCCACAGCCCAUGCCGAAAUGAUUUGUAUUCGGGAGGCUUCAAAGCAAUUAAAGUCAUGGAGACUUGCUGAGACGACGCUGUACGUGACGCUUGAACCGUGCCCUAUGUGUGCUGGAGCGAUACUACAAGCACGAGUUGAAAACCUUGUAUGGGGAGCACCAAAUAAGCUUCUUGGAGCUGAUGGCAGCUGGAUCAGACUUUUUCCUGAUGGUGGCGAGGUAAAUGCCUCGGAACAGGCUGAGAAACCUGCUGCACCUGUUCAUCCGUUCCACCCGAAAAUGACGAUACGACGAGGUAUAUUGGCGUCGGAAUGUUCUGAUGUAAUGCAACACUUCUUUCAGCUAAGGAGGAGAAAGAAAAAGAAGGAAAACACUCCACCUCUGACCAUUGCUCAUCAUCAUCAUCCAUCAAAAUUUAUUUCUAAGAUGCAUAAUAUUUUUCACAUAUUGUUCUGUUUGUAAUGGAAAUGAGAUGAUCAAGAGACCAUGUGUUGUUUUGUAUGUAACAAUAAGCUAAAAAUCAUUAUCAAAACACGUGAUUGUC